UAUCAGAUCAAGGUGGUAUCGAAGGAAGACAGACAUCUCGUGUUAUUUUUAAAGAAUUAUUAAUUGAAGUUGAAUCGCCAAGAAUUGAUCUUGAUGGUUCUAAAGUAUGGAUCAAAGUAUCCAUAGCAGCAAGAUGUUAUUUUUCAUUUACUUCUUUAUACGCACGAAUACCUUUAACCCAAUUUCGAGUUGAUUUUUCAGUAUUUGAAAUACUUUGA